UUGAAGGUCAAAAUUGACGACGCGCAAAGGCAAUUUUGCCUUCUCACACAACAAGGAAAAGCGAGCAGGCAACCAAACCGACCACACCAACCAACACAGCCAAUCAUGUCCGAGGAGCGCCCAAGCGAUCAGGAGAUCGUCUACCGUUUCCAGCAGAUGCGCCAGCAACAGAUGGAGUUGAACCAGAAGAUUGCUGAGCUCGGCGGCGACGUGGAAGAACACAAGGUUGUGGAGGAUGCGCUAAGCAAGACAGAAGCCGACCGCAAGUGCUUCCGAAUGGUCAGCGGCGUCCUCAUCGAGCGCACAGUUGCCGAGGUGCUUCCCGCCAUCAAACAAAACAAGUCACAGAUUGAGGAUUUGGUGAAGCAGCUGCAGAAGCAGCUGGAGACAACGAACAAGAACCUUGCCGACUACCAGAAGAAGUACAACAUCAAAGUCAAGAACUGAUGUGGUGGCUCGUGUGCGUGACUGCUGGUGCCGCAGUGCGUGGCGUUCCUGUGCGUAGGGUGUGUGGCACGAGGCGUGUUCAGUGCGCCACACAACGUUUGUGCGUGUGUGUAUGUGAGUAGAAGGUGUGACGUGUGUCAGGCUCAACGUGUUGGUGACGUGAAUACAAACAAGCAACAAGCAGCA